CCUCAGAGAAGCACACACUUUCAAUCAGAAUGGCUCCUACCUACACCAGAGACUCUGGCAAUACCAUGCUCUCUACUAAAGACAAGCAUAAACUAAGAAAACCUGUUGUGGAGAAGAUGCGUAGAGACCGCAUCAACACCUGCAUCGAGCAGCUCAAGACCCUGCUGGAGAGAGAGUUCCACAAGCAGGACCCCAACACCAAGCUGGAGAAGGCUGACAUUCUGGAGAUGACCGUGGUGUUCCUUAAGCAGCAGCUGCAUCCUCAGAGCCCAGUUCCUCAGAGGGCUCACAGUGAGGGAUACUCCUUUUGCUGGAGGGAGACACUUCACUUCCUGUCUUCCAGCUCCAUCGAGGACAUAACACUCCAGAACCUCCAAAAAACAAGUCAGCAUGUCAGCCCAUCCUCUCCGCUCUCCUCCCGACACCAACAUCAAAGCCAAGGCCCAGUGAAGCAGGCCAUUUGUGGUCAAAAAUCAGUUUGGAGGCCUUGGUAAAAUCGCAGCGUAGGGGCUGUCUAUCUCACAAACUGGAUGGGUGUUUGCCAUCUUUCUUGCUGUAGGAAAUCUAUUUCCAAAUGUUGUAUUGAAAUGAUGAUUCUUUUCUUGUCAUAUAUGAAAGGAACUCUACUGAUUAAUUGCUCGCUGAGUGAAAAAUAUAUUGGUAUUACUUCAUAUUGAAGAAUAGGUUUGUAAGUGGCUCUUCAUAAGAGCAGCUGCUAAAUGACUAAAUUGUCAAUGUAAACAUGUUCAAUGUUUUACUUGUGUGGUUAUGUAUGGAGGUAUUUUGUGCUCAUUUGAUGCACCAAUGUGUUCUCUUUUGUUAUGAAUUUUCUAUGAAGAUGAAUUGUAAAGGUUAUAUCUAUAUCCUACAUGGGUGCUUGGUCAACUAAAACCUUUAACACUAUUAUACUGUUGUAUAUUUACAAAUGCAUUGAUCAGCCUUUUGUAAAAGCUUUUCCAAAUGUUUUGUUUCAAUGUCAUCCCUGUUGUGAUGUAACAUGUAUUAUUGACACUGUGUGUUUCAUUCUCACUUAGUAAAGUGAAAAUCUCAAUCGGAUUCCAAUAAAUAUUUAGGAAAUUAAUCAUACUUUGUGCGUGUUUUCAGUGGACCAGGGGAUGAUAUUAUCACAUAAACAUUAUAUGGAAUAUCAAAAUGAUAUUAACAGAAGUGGAAAUUA